AUGCUAGACGACAACCUUCCGACCUUCUUUCUCAAGCCCAGCACCACCGGCCUGAAGCACCACCAGAACUUCCUCCUCUCACAUCAUGGCUCCGACCAGGCACCCGCCUAUACCCUCCAGCACGCCGACCCAGCCUCCCCAUCAACAACACACAAGAACUGCUAUGCGGCGGGUCUCUUUGAUGCAUACAACCCAGACAUCUGCUACGGAGAAGUUCUCGCUCGUCCAGGCUGGACGCAACCCUCAUUAUCACAAGAAGAGAUCAAGCGCCAUGGCGGCAUCCCUCCACCGCCUCAGCCAAUCCUCCCCAGCGAGUUCACCGUCCAGCUCUAUGACCCGGACCAGCAGAUCCGAGUCGAGCUGAAGGAAGGCAAGUGGGGUGCCAGCGACACUUACGAGUUCAGCCUGCCCAUCAGCACGUUCCGCACACCCUCAGCAUCGAAUCUCGAUCGUGGCCAGUCUGACCCGGCGAGUUUGGCCAUUACACCGAAAGUGCACUUCGCGUGGCGGAAGGAGAGCAAGCUUGGCAAGGAUCUCACGUGUUUCAUGACGGGCAAGAGUACGGACGCCAAGGAGAAGAAGAAGAGUCGACGCGAUCCAGACAUCGCCAUUGCCUUAUGGAGGAGUUUGCGAGAGCUCACCAUCUACGAGCCGAACCUGAGUAGAGUGGAUAUCGAGGACCCGAAAGGGCUGGAGCUGGUAUUGCUACUCAGCGCAGUCGUGAUCAAGGAUCUCUACUUCGGCAACAAGGACAACAUUAGAGAGACAUUCAACAUAGCCGGCCUGCCUUCCGAGCGAAAGCUGAGUGGCGGUGGCCGAAAGCUCUCAAACCCGCAACAGACACAUAGCAUAGUCGGCGCACCAAACCCACUCCAGUCUCAUCCCGUCCAAUCGCCCCAACCACUCCAAACUACAAACGACGAGAAACGGAACUCCCUACCACGACUCCAAACUACACCACCGAAUACUCGACAACCACGAAACGCCCAACCACCACCUCUAGCCGACCCCCGAGCACAAUGGGAACUAGACGCCGAGACCGCGCGCCUCAAAGCUCAAGCCGACGCCGAAGCGCGACAAGAGCAGCGACGACGGCGCGAGCGAGAGAAGGCCGACGAGGCGGAAGCCAAGCGUCUGCAACGACAGAUGGAGGAAGAGGAUCGUCAGGCUCGGCGCAAACAAGCUGAGGUCGAUAAAGAGACUGAGCGGCUGAGGAAGAUGUAUGGGGUGCAACCUAUACCGCAGCGUCCUGGCCCAGGCCCUCAAGCCAACAGUUCCUCCGGCCGCCAGCAUCACUACCCCGGCCCAAGUCCAUACAUGCAGCCCAUCCCGCAAGGCAGCCAGAUGCACUACCCUCCUCCUCAGCAACAACGGCAGCAGGGACGACUAGGCGAUAACGGCCUUUAUACUCAGCCUUCGGCAAGUAGUUCAGAAGUGAUGAUGAGCGGCGGGGCGGGGAAUGCUAGUUUGUUGAGUGUGAAUCAGGCGGGGAAGCCGGCGAGGCAGAAGAAGUCGUUUUUUGGACUGAGGGGUUUGAGUGAGGAGCAUGCGCAAGGUGGUGGGGGUGGGAGUGGGGAGGGGGCGAAGUUGAGGAAGAAGGGAAGUGCGAUGUGGUGGUGUUUUAUGACGAGGAGUCUCUGUGGGUUUAGCGAGGCGUUUAUGGAGCUGGGCAACCCUGACAGCAGAUUUAUCAGAAUUUUACUCAAGCUCCUAGCGGCAUGUGUCCUCAAGAUACAAUCUUUGCAUUCAGACCAUGCUGGUAGCUAG